CAGUCGUGUGAUGGAUCGUCUUUGUCAUUUAUAUAGCAUUUAAUGUUCGUGACAAAAAUAUCACACCUCUUAACAACGUACUAAUGAGUAACACCCAUUUACCGUAAUGCAGGAAUUGUGAUUCCGUCGUAGAUUGUCGUUUGUUUGUAAAACAUUACUAUUUUGGAGAAUACGGAAUAUCUUAAACUUGAAAUUAUGAAAUUACAGCGGACAUAUCUUUCAGUAUUUUUUCUAGUAGCAAUUGUUAUCAAUGAAGCUUAUUCGGCACCAACGACACCACCAACGACUAAGGCAAAUACCACAACGAAAAAUACAACAAAGAAGCCAGAAAAUAAACUUAAGACAGAUAACAAACAGAUGAUAAAGACUAAUAGUAUAAAAUCCGUAGAAACAAAGACAAUCCAAAACAUGUCUACGACGACAGGACAAAACAAAAUAGAUAUCAAAAGCGAGAACCCCAAAGCAAUUAUGUCUAGUGACACUUCUAAAUUAGAAACCCAAUCUAAGUUGAGUUCAAAUCAAGUGGAAAUUGAAGCUAAUGAUAGUGCGAAUUCAUCGACGAAUUCCAACAUGAUCAACGAAAAGGGUAGUUCUGAAUUAAAGCAAGGGCAACACAGCGAUGUAAAUAGCAAAACUAAAGAAAUAAAUAAACAAUCUAAGACAGUUAGUGACACGAAAGUCACCAACGUAAUAGAUUCUUCAAAAUCAAAACAUUCUACAACAAAGGAUAAUGCAGAUCAGACAGUUACAACAAACAUUGUUAAAACAAUUAUAAAAGCAGAUGAAAAAAGCAUUGAUGCUAAACCCUCGCAAAAAGAAAACAGUGUAAAUACUUUGAAGCCAGAACAGAAAACUCAAAAUGUUAAAACAACAAAUUUGAAAGAACCAAAGACAGAUGUAUAUGCAAAGAAGAAUAUUGUAUCCCAUGAGAACAAAACUACAAAAGAUAUUGAAAGCAAACAAAAUUUAGUUGACAAAACACAAAGUCCUCCAACGAAAGAUUCAAGAAUGACUUUUCCUAAAACAAAUAUCAACAGCAAUGAUCAGGAACUCGGGACAUCAAAACCAAUUGAACAAAAAGAAGAUAAUGUGAAAAAUGAAAGAACAUCAAAUGUCCGAAGAAAUGUUCUAACAACAUCUACAACCACACAAGCAACAGUUACUGAUACAAUGGAGACGGCUACAACAUGGGAUGGGUUACCCUGUAGCUCUAGAUUCCAAGCGCAUCCGUUGGAUAAGACAAAAUUUGAAACAGCCUUUAAUGAAAAUAUCUUUGAAAAUAUCUAUCAGAGUUGCCCAGUACCAUUAGUAUGGCGACAAGAUCAGUGCAGAUGUGGAUGGGCAGAACCUGAACUUGUUGAGUCAUGCAAAUGCUGUAGUCAAGGUCUGAAAGCACAUACGAAUCCACAAAUGUAUCAACGCUUGGUAAAUGGGCAAUGGCAAGAAGAGACUUGUAGCACUUAUACUGAUAGCCAAGUAUGGAAUGAUGACAACUGCACUUGUGUGUGGAACCCUAAUAAACCACAAUCUCAUAAAGUGCCUGUUUACAGAGGAGCCGUCUUACCCAAAUUAAUGACAAAAUGCGUAAAUUUGGUAAAUAUGACAUUAGAUGAGGGAUUAAGAGAUGCAGACGGUCGCGACCUUACUCCACUAUUUGGUCGUCAGAGGAUUAGAGUGGCGGACGAAAAAGGAGCUAUUGGAAAAUCAGUAGAAAUUCGUCGUGCGCCAUUUAAACUAGGAAUUUUUAAUGGAAAUGAUUUACAAUCUACUGUGUACUUCAAAUUCAGUUUUAAAGUUCAUCCAGAUCAAGUGCGCAGGCGUCAAAAGAUGAUAAUCUUGUCUAAUGGAUGUAAAAGGCGAUGGCAACGUAAAGUUAUUCAGCCAUCAUUAGAAGUUGCUUUCUAUCCUUUUAAUGAAACGUUUGAAGUACAGUUUUCAACGAGUGGAAAAACAGUUGUUGAAUUAAUGGACGUAGCUAAGGACGCAAAUGGAUGGUACCAAUGUGUUUUAUAUUUACAAGACAGGGUGCUGAGUUUAAAAGUAAAUGGUAAAAAUGCUUAUUCGACAAACGGAAUGUCAGGACGAGUAAAAUCGACGGAUUGUCCGUUAACGGUGGCAGGGUCACCUACAAAUCCACAAGAACAUUUCGAUGGAUAUCUUGAUGAACUACAGAUUGUGAAACAGUGUAAAUAUGAACCAGAUACAGCAUCAUGAGAAAACUUAUACUGCCUUCCAAAUAUCAUAUUUGUUAAAAAGGUCUAUAGUUCGAAACAGAAUUGGUGUUUGUUAAAACUCUAUUUCACAUCAAAAUACGCAAAAAUGACAACAAUAUGUCAACAGUUUAGAGUUUACAUUUCACACGCACAUAUAUUUCCAUCUUAUAGUUUUGUAUCUUUGUCGUUUCGGUUUUUACUGUGAACUGAUUUUGUGUCAUGGAUGGUAAACCAAUAUCCCAUCUUUUCUAUUAAAGCAAUUAAGCUUUGUUCUCAUAAUUUCUUAAUAAACAUCUCUACAAUUUCACCCGAAUUUCGAAAAUCAACGCGACUAUCCUUUCUUUUGCUAUCAUCAAAAAGAUUCUGUUUAGCCCAUAUACUCAAAAACUGUUCACGAAAUUAUAUGUACGGAAAUCAAUGUCCGUGUGGAGUUGUAAUGCUUGAGCACAUACUGUCAUAUCCAAGAGUAUAGUUGCAAAUUGGAACAUUAACAAAAUCGGUGUUUUAAGUAUAAAACUGCUGUUGCCAUUUAUUUGUCAUUUCAUGAAUUUCACGGGUUGUAUGAUUCACAUCUAUAUGUUCCUUUGACUGUGUAAUAUAAUAUAAAGCGAAAUCCAAUAAAACAUUUACUUCAAUAU